GUUGCCAGUUUUCACCGGUGUUGGUUUGCCGGCUCCGUCUAGAUCCAAGAAGGGUUCUUCGAGUGACAAUCCCUUCAACGUCUUCUCCACUCCCAAACCUCCUUCAGUCGUGCAUCCCCCAGACCCUCCGAUGCACUACGACAUCGGGUCCGAACACGAGGAAGGUGAGGAGGAAGAGGAGAGGGAAGAUGACCCCAUCAUUGAUGUCACCGAUGCACCGGGGGAAGAAGAAGUAGACUAUGAGCAGGAUACUUACCACAACAAAGAUCUUCGAGACCUGAAAAUCCCUGCACUUCCUUCGACAGCCGCGGGAUAUCGAGCAUGGAGGAACGGCGUUUUGACAUCGUUCAGCAGCAUAGACAAGAGUGGGAACGCCAGGAUACUGAGAUGGCUCCAGGUCGCCCUUGAUCCAGCCAUAGGAGACCGACAGAUGCGCAAUCUGCAGGUCACGUCUGACGGCCUUCCCCGCCUUGAUGCAUUCCUGGCUGCACAGCUUACAGAUCCAAAACACCUCAAGGGAGACUACGGAGUCGCUGCCCAGGCGUUCACCGAGCGAGCACAUGCGUUAGGCGUGCAGCCUUCCGGGCGUGCGCUGUUGGCAAUGCUCAGCCGAAGGUUUCGGGUAGACCGGAUCAGGGGGGCGACAGUCUCCCAGCAGACACUCUUAGCCAUCCAGCUCGAAGGCUUCAGCCAACAACAACUGCAAGCCUUUAGAGAAAAGGUUGAGUUUUGUUUGAACGGUUUCAGUCCCGAAGCAUGGCCCGCUGAGUCUACCUUGUUUAGCUGGUUAUACUCCAAGCUCAAGCACUGCAGGCUUCUUUCCAGAGCAGUCGACAAGAUCAAAGACUCCAAUCCAGGUAGCAACAAGCGAACCUUUGCGUGGUUGUGGUCGCAGCUUGUCGAAUUGCUAGAUGAGCUGAGAGAAGAAGCAAACGAAGAGUCAAUUCGUGACACUCUCAUCAAGCCCAAAGCCAAAGCUGCUCCCGCCCCAAAGAAAGAGGAGCGUUCCCGCGAUAAGCCGGACAAGCCCACUCCUGCCAAUCCAGCCCCUCCGGCCAAGACCAAAGGUUCUGGGAAGGAUGGGAAAGACAAGGAUGGCAAGGGAAAGGGGGGUAAAGGGAGUGGUAAGGGUGCAGAUUCACAGAAAACACCAAACAAGCCAAAGGCGAAAUCAGGCGGUAAAGGCCAGGGCUCCAAAGCUGAAGGCAAAGCCCCAAGCAAAGGAAAUGCCCCCAAAGCUACCGUACCAUGCCUGUUCUUCCCAAAGGGAACGUGUAACCGGGGUGAGAAUUGUCCGUUUUCGCAUGAGACCUCUCCCGGUAACAAGGCCCCAGGGUCAAAGACUACUGGAGCUAGCGCUACGGCAAAGAGCUCUGCCGCAGCUGUCGCCCUGCUGCUUCCCACUACGGCGCGGGGUGCCUCGGUCGAUGGUUCCUCCACACCGAGCAAGACAACCUUUUGGAAGCGUUCAGGAUUGAGUAGGUUCUUCCAGUUCGUUUCGGGGUGGUUUACUGUGUUCAGCAACAUCUGCGCUCCUGCCUGUCCCGCCACUGUCACUCCGUUGCUUGUAGCAUCUCAGCAUCAGCACCCGCAACAGGGAUGGUUCUACCACGAGUGGAUCGCUGAUAGUGGUGCAGGAAAGCUUCCGAUGUUCCUGUCGAGUGUCGAACACGUUCAGGUCAUUGAAGAAUCCGCCAUAUGUUCUGGGUCGGACUCAGGAGAGGACGUAACAUCAGAACGUCAGAAGCAACUCAUCAAGGAGGAAUCGACUCGCGCGGUGCAUUUGGCUGCUGGGUUCCAUGUGGUUCCAGAUCUGUGGCAUGUGUCCGUGCAGUUUGCCGCGCAGACUUUGACAGUUGUACCGUGGCAGGGCAAAGACAAGUCGCGUUUCGAGGUUGCAACUGGUUCCCCAUUCGAAGGCCCAAGGCUUCCCUUGGGACAGUUGGUGCAUUACAGGAUCCAUGACCCCAGCCGCAGGCAUAAGUUCGAAGCUACAACUGCUCCCGGACUAUUUGCAGGUUGGAGGUUUGAGCACGGAUUUGUGUAUCGUGACGUGAUCUGGGUGCUAGACUAUGAAGCCGUCAAGUCCAAGUCGAUUGGGUAUAGGGACAUGAUCCCCGUGCCAUAUGCGGAAGUGCAUGUCCCAGAGACUGAGACCUUCCCGCUAAAGGCCGCGGCGGAUCUUGCUCUUCGCGAGUUCCAGGAUCCCAAACUUGAGGCUAUCACAGCGCUGGACAUACCAUUCAGCUCAUUGUCCCCUGCUGAUCCUCCUCGAAGGCGCGCAGAGUACAUUACGCUUGAACGCAUUCUUAAGUUCGGUGCCACACCAGGAUGCAAAGCGUGCACUUUCGAUUCCGUGAAGCAUAGUCCUAAAUGCCGAGCAAGAUUCGAUGCCCUGAUAAAGGCUGAUAGGAUUGCGUUGACGUCCAAGCCCCCUGAGCCAGUUCCUCCAGCUGAGCUCCCCGAAGGCGUUGGUCUCCACCCUUCGAGUGAGCCCGCUGUAGAAGGUCUUGUUGCGAAGGUCGAGCUCGGUGUGACGCAAGUCUUUGUCGAUGCCAACAGGGAAAGAGUCCGCCAAAGAAAGGUGCAAACGCUCAUAGGCAAGGAUGUGUUGUUCGAAUAUGCGUGUGGCGACAGUUCAGAGCUUUCGCAAGCUGCAUCCGAAAUUGGCAUCAACAGUAUCCGCUUAUGCCGAAGCAUGAUUGAUUUGUCCAACGAAGAACAUGUCAAACAAGUUCAAGGUCAGGUCGAAGCAUCGCCAGGUUGUGAUGUGAGGCUCUCAUUGCCGUGCACCGAGUUCAGUCCGUGGCAGAACAUGAACGUCCAUAGGCAUGGGGCGAAGUACGAAAAGGGUCUUCGGAAUCGCCAAGAGAAGAGCAAGCUUAUGUUCUUGUAUGCCCGCAAGGUACUCGCAACUGCCAUCGCAAAUCAUGGAAGGAUCGCAGUCGAGUGGCCCAAAGGGUCCGGCUGGUGGGAUCUCCCUGAAUGGAAAGAAUUUCAGGAUGAACAUGGUCUACACAAAGUGUCUUUUGAUGGCUGCAUGGCUGGAGUGAAGGGCCGAGAGCAUCCAAUCCGCAAGCCCUGGAGCGUAGCCACUAAUGAUCUUUAG